UUAGAAUAACUUCCUCUCUCCAAGACCUCAAUUUUUUGCACAACUCCGUCCUUGAAAUAAGAGCCCUUCAAGCAACCUGGAAAACGUUUGGUCAGCAAAAAAAAAAAAAAAAUCCUCCUGUUUUUCCAAAGGAUCUGUCUCAGGAAUUUAAAGCAUAUUUAAGACACACACACUCAAAUAACAUAAGGAGGGGGGGAAAGGCUCUUCCCCUCCCCUUCUUGCAGAAAGCAUGGAAGAAAGCUCCAGUUCUCCUGUUUCCCCUGUGGAUAGCUUGGGGACUAGUGAAGAGGAGCUGGAAAGGCAGCCAAAGAGAUUUGGCAGGAAGAGAAGAUACAGUAAGAAGUCCAGCGAAGAUGGCAGCCCCAACCCAGGGAAGAGGGGGAAAAAGUCCAGUCCCAGCUCCCAGUCUUAUGAAGAACUGCAGAGCCAGAGGAUCCUGGCCAAUGUCAGAGAGAGGCAGAGGACUCAGUCGCUCAACGAAGCUUUUGCCGCCCUGAGGAAAAUCAUCCCCACGUUGCCCUCUGACAAACUCAGUAAAAUCCAGACCCUCAAGCUUGCGGCACGGUAUAUAGACUUCCUCUACCAGGUGCUACAGAGCGACGAGAUGGACAGUAAGAUGACGAGCUGCAGUUACGUGGCUCACGAGAGGCUGAGUUAUGCCUUCUCAGUCUGGAGGAUGGAGGGUGCAUGGUCCAUGUCGGCCUCGCACUAGCCACCGCCGGAGCAAGGUCAGCACAGCUGCCAAAGGAAACAACUGCUGACAUGGUUCAGCUAGAGGAGUUUUAUGGCACUGCACCAGGAAUAAAUUGCUGAAGAGAGCAGCAGCACCAGCGUACUGAGCCAGGAUCCUUCAGAACAGGAGCUCUGGCACACCGUGGUGUGAUCCAUCGUGCCAGUGCUUGGAGCAAGGCUGGGAUGCACUUUGGAGGAAUCCCAAUGGAAUCUGCAGACACUUUGCUGCACUGCCGCAUUGCUCUUCCUCCCCCCUGCGUCCUCCCAAGCCCCUUCAAAAUAGAGUUUGGAAGCAGCCUGUGAUGCUUAAGUCCUUAAGCCCUGCCUUUCUUAACUCAUAAAGGGAACCAAAAGGAAUUGUUUUGAAAUAACAGUGCAAAUCAAAUUACCCGUCACAGAUAAGGGGGAGAGAGGUGAAAUAUGAAAAGGCUUUAGAUGAAAGAAGAAUUAGCCUGCAACCCACAAGGAAUAACUCAAUUCAAGUCUCAUUUUCAGCACCCCCAGAAUCUGACGCACCAGAGGUCCCUAAUGAAGCCCAGCAGAUAAACCUGGCCAAGGCAAUUUGUUACACCGCUGAACACAGAGCGAUUUCACCAACCACAUGCUAAGCAUCAACCGUCACAUAAAAUGGGAAAAGUAUAUCAACCUAUUAGAAGCCAUCAUCAAUCAGUGCAGAGGAAACCAAACCGCCCUUGCUGGGUUCCAGCCAUGGGAAGCCAUGCUGUGGUUUGUGUUUGCAGGCAUCCAGCAGCCUCGUGCUCAUCUUCCCAAGUUGCAUCCCCACAGCAUUGGGCUGGGGACCUGCAGGCAUCCCCGUGGCACCUGGGACAAAAAGGGAUGGAGUCUGCAAGGCUUCUCCUCUUGGCUGCAGCAACAUUAGCCCAGGAC